CGGGGAGCGGCAGUGGGUCAGGCCGGGCGGCCCGGGGAGAACAUGGCGGUGGCGGGGUCCGGUCUGGGCCUGGCCCAGGCAGCGGAGGCGCUGGGCUCCUCCGAGCAAGCGCUGCGCCUCAUCGUCUCCAUCUUCCUGGCUGCCCAGCUGACCAUGUUGGCUGCACACUCCAGAUAUGCUCUGGCUUGGCAUAGACAGGAGAUAUUAGAUGACCUGGGCCUACGGGGAGAAGAGGCUGUACAAGCACAGCUAUGGACUAGCUGUAGAAAUGUUAACAUCGAUGAGGGGAUUGUUCAGGGGAUGAUGUAGAAGAUGGGGACCAGCAGCAGUGCCAUGUGAAAACGAAGGAGCUGUGGCAGGUGUAUCAGAAGGCCAGGGUGGCCAACAGUCAGUACAGUGUGAAGCUGCAGACCUGCUACUUAUACAAAGAGCUACAUGGGAUACUUGGCAAAGGCACCACUACUCCACACGCUAACAUCGAUACUUCCAAGGAGCCUGACCCAGAGGACGUGGGCCUGAACAGCGAGGAGAAGGGAGAAGAGGAGGACGGAGGAACUGCAACUGGGGAGUCCAACUGUGCCAUGAACCGGGACCUGUUUGAGACUCCACUGCAGUCCACUCAGUCCUGGCAGCCAAGCACAGACGAGUCCAGUGCAGGGGAAGGAACUUCAGGAUACCCUUUUGCCUUGUUCCAGCGCUAUUUCCUCUUCCAGAAGGAGGUCUACCUCAUUCACCUGUAUAACACCCUAACAGGGCUCUCAAUUGCCUACUUCAACUUCGGGACGCAGUUCACUCACUCCCUGCUGUGUGUCCUGAUCCAGUUCCUCAUACUGAGGCUUAUGGGCCGCACGAUAACUGCUGUCUUGACCACCUUCUGCUUUCAAAUAACAUACCUUAUGGCUGGUUAUUACUUCACCGCCACAGAGCAUUAUGACAUUAAGUGGACCAUGCCACACUGUGUCUUGACUCUCAAGCUGAUUGGCUUGGCCAUCGAUUAUUACGAUGGAGGGAAGGAUUUGGAGUCCCUGAACCCUGAGCAGAAGCGGUUUGCAGUCCAUGGAGUUCCUACCUUACUGGAGGUCUCGGGUUUCUCCUAUUUCUAUGGUGCCUUCAUGGUGGGGCCCCAGUUCUCCAUGACAGACUAUCAGAAACUGGCAAGGGGCGAGAUGACUGAUGUUCCAGGCCAAAGACCCAACAGCCUUGUGCCUGCUGUCAAGCGCCUUACCCUAGGCCUCUUCUUUCUGGUAACCUAUACCCUAGUGAGCCAAUACAUCUCUGAUGAAGACCUCAUCUCUGAUGCAUACCUGGAACAGCCUUUCUGGUUCCGCUGCUUUUACAUAUUGAUCUGGGGCAAAGUGACACUCUACAAAUAUGUCACCUGCUGGCUUGUCACGGAAGGCGUCUGCAUCCUCGUUGGCCUUGGGUACAAUGGCCAGGAUGAGAAUGGGAAACCACGGUGGGACGCUUGUGCCAACAUGAAGGUUUGGUUAUUCGAGACAACACCCUUCUUCACGGGGACCAUUGCUUCCUUCAACAUCAACACCAAUGCCUGGGUGGCUCGCUACAUCUUCAAACGGCUGAAGUUCUUGGGUAACAAGCUGCUGUCACAGGCAUUGGCCCUGUUCUUCCUGGCUGUGUGGCAUGGGCUGCACUCUGGCUACCUUGUGUGCUUCCAAAUGGAGUUCCUUAUAGUCAUCGUUGAAAGACAGGCUAUCAACCUAGUGCGGGACUCUCCUGUUCUGAGUGCUUGGGCCUCUAUCACCAUCCUGCAGCCUCUCUACUAUGUGCUGCAGCAAACCAUCCACUGGAUGUUCAUGGGUUACUCACUGGUGCCAUUCUGCCUUUUUGCCUGGGACAAGUGGAUCAAGGUGUAUAGCUCUAUUUAUUUCUUAGGCCACAUGAUAUUCCUCACCUUACUGCUCGUGUUGCCUUACAUCCGCAGAGCACUUGUGCCACGGAAAGAAGCGCUAGAGAAAGCAGAGUAACAGCCAAAAGUUUGUACCAUGCGUGAACUGUCACAGGUGAUGGGACUCAUCCCCUGCUAAAGCACCACCUUUCAAGUUUUCUGUGUUCAAGUUCAACUGUUCUGUCAAUGUGAUGAGGGGAAAAGAGAGUACGGGGUCAGAGACCCCCUGGUGAGGAGCACAGAGGGCAAUGCCCCUCCACUUUCCACACCCUCUACAUGUUGCCUUAUCUCUCUGCUGCCCUCUGGUGGACACUCCUUUCUGCUGAAUUCAAAUGAUUGUAAAGCACUAAACACCACCACUAUGUGGGGAUGGAACCACCUCUGAAUUUUCUACUUCUCAGUCAUCCCAGAUAAAAAUUGUUUCCUGUUUUUUUUUCCCCUC